UUGUUGUCGCUCGUAAGAAGGGAUGAACUUUUUCCGAUUCUGAGUUUUUCCAUGGAACAUUUUCUCGAUCUGUAAAUAUUUUCUGUUUAACUGUUGUUUGCUGCUGUUGUGGUGCCAGUGAGCUAAAUGUAGAAUAUGCAGCAUUGACCAAACCUAGUGCUUGUCUGUGGCCCUAGGUGGCCCGUGGCGCUUCCUUGCUUUCUUUUGCUCUCGCUAUUUGACUCUGGAUUGCUCUGCCUUCGCCCUGCCCAGUGCCCUGUUUGCAUCUGCUUCGUUGGUGGCUUUGGGGCAGAGCCUGUGCGUUGGGCAGAUCGUCUCUGUGCUUCAUGAUGACCCUGUGAGAGCUGGUGCCAGCGAAGGUGCCCAGGGACCUGGCUGUGGCCGGGUUCAACGGGUGACCCAACUCUUCAGACUUCCCUCCGUUGGCCACAGGCCCCUGCUUGAGGGAUGUGCCCCGUCUGGCGCAGCUCCCAGGAGGUCUGGACAGCUGCUGUAUCCUCUUGAGCCACCCUCUGUGCCGUGUGUGGGGAGGAAGCCCUGUAGAAUGACUCCUGGCUCAGCGUGCUCCUUUCCCCAGGGGCAGUGCAGAGAAGGGGCCAUGGAGACCGAGCAUCUUCUCCGUCUUCCUCAUGGGGUCAUUUUCAUUCCGCGGGAAGUUUAACGGGAGAAAUGGCGACGCAAGUUGAAGUUGGCUCCUCCCUCCCUUCCUUGACCACUCGAAGCGAGCUCACGAAUGAGGCGAAGCUGCAGCGCGUCUUUGGCAGCUCUCUCUCUGAUGCAAGUCACAAGCCCAGUGGACUUCCAAGUUCUCUGUCACCGCUGAUUCUGGAAGAGAGGAACAGAUUUGGAAGCCCUUUGAGACCAGCCACCAUGCCUCCGGUUGCGUCAAGGCCGCGUCUGACUCCCAAACCAUUUUCCCGGGGGAUGUCUUCGGAUACUUUUGCUGUGGUGAAGCCUCCAGUCCCCGCAUUCAGACCUAGCAACGUUGCCCCGAACCCACCUGCUUUUGCCAAAACAUUUGAAGAUGAAAGAGCUGCUAAGGGGCUAAAUGGAAAUGUGCCACCCUUGGUAGAUCAAAAAUUAAUUGAAGACAAAAGUCCUAGUGAGCUAGUUGCAAAUAUGCCCUUUGAUUCCAGUCCCCAAGCCAAUACGGUCAUCCUUUUUGAGACUGGAAAAUCAGAGAAGGUCAGGAUGACAGUCACCCCAGAGAAGCGCAGUCUUGAUUCGCCUCAAAUACGUAGCACUUUACAAACAACGCCGGAGGGGCACCUGUCCCCUUUGAAGUCAGAGGUGUUCUGCAGAACAGCUGGCCUCCACCGGCAGCUGUCUCUUUCCUCUGAAUCCAGAGCUGUCUCCUGGAAUCCUUCUGUGUAUCUGGAAGGGAAAGACAACUUUGCCGGUGCUCCUGAAGAGAAGGAGAAGGCGAUGGAAAGGCAGCACAGUACAGCGGACAGCAGCCCGGCUCACGAGGUGCUGCUGAGGCCAAAGCAGAGGCCAGUGUCUGCCAUCUUUCUGGAAUCUCUGAAGGAUCCAAAGCAGUACUGCUCUGAGGUUGUAGGUGAACAACCUCCUCUUGAGAAGGCUUGGGUUAGAAAACCUAGGCCACUAUCCAUGGAUUUGACAGCAAAGUUUGAGAACAGGGACCUUUCUUUGCAAAAGAAAUCAGGUCCGGCUGAGAGCAAGGAGAAGAGUCUUGGCCCUGAUCCCACCAAACAGGGUUCAGUCAGACCGUCUGAAAGGUGGACCAGGAACGAAGCCGUGGCCUCGGAGCGAGCCGAUUCUUCAAAAUCCAGUUUGAAAAGUCCCAGCCUGUUGGUGGACUCUGCCAGCGUUCUGAACCAAAAGCCCUUUCCAAGUGAGGAGGCCUCUUCAGGGCAGAGCGCUCAAAGAGACCUUCCCCAAGUCUUUGCCAGGGACCGAAAAUGCCCGUGGGAGUCAAGGCUCAAGCAGCACAGUGAACAAAAUGCAGGUGAAACGGAGGCCGAGACCACUCUGGAAAAAGCCACAGAGCCAUUCGGUGUCAGAGGCCCGUCAGUUAAAGACAGGGCUGCGUUAAGUCCAAAGGAACCGUGUGCAGCUAGAAAGAACUGUGCCUAUGGCUCAGAUGCUGGACGCCAGCUUUCGAGAGGUGUUGAAAACCCCACUAAUGGGCCCAAUAGACCAGCACAUGAUUCCCCUUCAGUGAAUGUUGAAUCUCAGCCGGAAACCCCCGGGGAAGAAAACAGAAUCAUGAACAUUCAACAGAGAAUCAAAGAACUGACUGCAGAAAAUGCAGACACGAAGACAGGAAAUUUACGUCGGUCGUUUCGAUCCCGGCCGCUUUCUGCGGAUUUGACCAAACUGUUUUCAAGUCCAGCGACUGGCAGCAAACUGAAUCCUGAGAAACUGGCCGAGUUGAACAGGAAGCCAGUGAACCAAGCGCAGGAGAUUCAAGAGAUUAAGAUAAACCCACUGCAUGGGACAGAUCCUGGAGAAAGCCACGCCGGAGGAAUGAUGUGGAGGUCGGAACAACCCGUAAAAAUACUGCACGUGCAGACAGAUGGAGGCUUUGCCAGAGAGAAGCCCGAUGGUGCUGUCCGGGGGGGUCGCUCUGCUUCAGUUGCAGAUGACGAUGCUCGUGCGAAGUCCACGCCAUCUGCAGAAAAAGCCUGUGUUAAAACUGUCAGGGCAACUCUGUUUGAGCAUCACGUGCAAAGGCACAAGGUAGCUGCCGAGGACCUUGGAGCUCCACCUCCAUCAUACCUGACGGAUGAGCUUUCUGGGAAUUGUAGGACAGGGAAAGCCGCUGGGCCAAAGGCUCCACCCAAGGAGGUGCCCUGGAGGCCACUGGAUGUGAUGGUAGGUGCUGAAAACCACAGAGAAGCAGCCUCUUUAAAUGAGGACCGAGUUCUGCAGGAUGCCUCGUGGAAAAAACCCACUGCCAGGGAAAAGUGUGACAACCCCACUCCGAAGCACGUGGUAGACUCCCUGGCAUGCCAAAGGAUAGAGCCAAGGUAUGAAAUUCUCCAGACAGUUGGCAAAAGGGCUCAAAGUGAGGCUGUGGCCAUGAUUUGUGAGGAUAAAGCCGUGACGUUGCGAAGCAGAAGGUCCCUCAAGGAGAGGAGAAAACUUGGUGAGAGUUUGGUGGAUGCCUCCUGGUCACGCAGCCUGGACCUCAAGGACGACUGCUGGAAAGAGGCUGGCUUCAAUUCCAAAACAAAGGAAGCGCAGGAAGCUCCUUCCAAGACAGACGCUUUGCCAGCCUCUCGCACCUCCCAGGGCCUGCAGGCUUCCUGCGAGCCAGGAACAGAGGUUGACAAAAAUCAGUUUGGACAGAAGCCCGUCACUGGGAAAGCUUCCUACAUCACAAUCAGAAACAAAGAUUUGAGCACCACAGGUGACAGAGGCUCUGUGAUCUCUUCACAACAGGAGAAAGAACUGAGCAAAAGUAAAAUGGAAAGAUCCCAAGUGCAGAACCGCUUGCCUGAGAAUGUUGGGGCUGGACCAGGCAGGACGGACGAUGGCGUCGUGGGAGCUCACGGCAGUCCGAGAACAACUUCAAGUUAUACAAGCAAGCCAGAAAGCCUGCGCUGUGGAAGCAGAGGUAGCCAGGGGCAAGCGGUGCCCCAUCAGAGUGCAGACAUGAAAACCUGUGAGCAGAAGGAACCCAAAGGCUUUGGAUUAAGGAAAUACCCCCCUGCACACCGUGCGCAAGAACCGCUAGAUGCUGCAGGACACAGUCCCCAAGAAAACCUGUUGCAGCCGCCAGAGGUGGAAGAGCAAGUGAAGAGGAGCAGUCGUCGUGUUUCUGCUGGGAAGGGGCCGGAAAGAUGGCGACGGAAAACGUUGCCUCACGGCAUGAGGUUCGAGGGCGUUGGGACCCCGGCUGAAGAAGGUGCGACAGUGCUGAUCAGAAGAGACUCCUUGCAACUUCACGAGGGCUUGAUGGCGAAGAAAGGCAGGAAGCCCAGAUGUGCCGUGGAGCUGAAGGAGGGGGCUCCGGUUUCUCCCAGCAGCCCAGAGGACCGUUUUGAAAACCAGCACUCGCCUUCGAAGCCACCGGGAGCCAAUUUUGCUGCUGUGUGCCAGGGUCCAAAUGAAGCUGGUGGCGACUCUGGAAAAGAAGUUGCUCACAAAAGCAAACGGAUUUCCUCACUGGUAGAAACCACAUUGUUUGCUUCGAAUGCAGGUCCUGCCAGAAGAUCCCACCCGUUGUCAGAUCACCAGAUCUGUGCUGCCCUUUCAGAUAUGCCAGGCUCUUUGGACGCGCGUCCUGGCAAGAGCUGGGAGGAAGCAGGAGAAGGAGACGAAUCAGGUCUUUGGAAAAAAGGGCCAGUUAAAUGCCCAGCAAGCGAGGGGAGAGAUGGGAGCUGGCGGUCUCUUGAGAGGCAGGUGGAGGGGGCUCAAGGGAGAAUCCUGGGUGUUGAUCCUGCCCUGGCUUCCUCCCCGUCUGAGCGGAAGUCUCCUUCCUACCUGAGGCAUUCUUACCCAGAGGGUGAGCAUGUGGAUCAAAGGAAGCACAGUGACUUGGGCUGCAGCGUGCCCAGAGAGAGGACCACCGAUAGUUACAGGUCAAGGGUUCUUGACAUUGAUGCUUUGAUGGCCGAGUAUAAAGGAGAUUCUCUGAAGCCCGCUGUGACUCAGGACCGGAGAAAGGGUGAAGACAGCAACUUGUUUCCUCGGGAGAAGUAUAAAAGAAGUUCCUCAGAUAAGACGUCUCUCAGUCACAACCAGAAAGAUCCACAAGUGCUGGGUGAGUCCCCUGGAAGCCGCGGGCAGGACGCCUACAGUCGGGAAGUCCGCAGGCCCAAGGAGAGAUGGGGCAGCUGCAGCCGAGAGCCCAGUUCCUCCAAGGGCAGGGAUCAGGAGCUCAGCCCCCCUCCCUGGGGAAGGCCCUCUGCCCUGGGUUUGCCUGCAAAUGCAGCUGGCAGCAAGAAGAAAACCUUCAUUCUGGACGAGGAGCCGGGAGCAGGUCUCCUCCUGUGGUCCCCAGGUGCCGGCUACGGAGAGCCCGAGGUUCACAUCCCUGGUCCCCUCUGCGUGGGUUUAAAAGCCGAGGCCGGCGUCUCUCCUCUUCCCUCCUCAGCACUUGCCGAUGGCGUCUCGCAGAAAGGACCGUGCCCCAAACAGCAGGGGACCAAAAUGUCUCCAGAGGGUGACUGGCACCACAGGAGCAGCCUAAGCAAGAGGAAGAGCGGCGGAGCCGGAAGCCCCCGCAAGAGCAGUUCUUCCGCAGCACAGAGCCCAGCUGAGUGGGACGCGCCUACCUUGGCAAAGCCCUGGCCAGAUUCAACAUGUUCCUGCUCUGAAAAAAAUCACGCGGCCCAAGCAAGGGACGUCCUGCCCACUGGGCCAGAACCGAGGGGGAGACGGGAGCAGCACAGAGUCCGCCAGAGCCUCCCACCGGAACAAGCAGACAGAGUUCGGCAAAGCAGGCGCAGUGUCUCUCAACAGCGCUCCCUGUUCUGUGAGGAAAGAAAGGACCUGGAAAAAGAACGGAGCCGGCCGGACCAAGAGAGCCCAGCAGCCAGAAGUUCUCCACGCCCGGCUCUGCAGCGGAGGAGCCGCAGCUUCCACAGGGACCGGAGAGUGGAUCACUGGGCCAUGGAUCAGCUGAAGCAGUGCUUUGGCCGGCCGGCCGCUGAGGCCAAGGACACGGACACGCUGGUGCGAGAGGCAGACAGCCAGUAUGGCACCUGGAGUGAGCAGCGGCACAGCGGAGAGAGCUUGGUGCCGGAAUCGCCCUCCCCAGAAAGCAACGUGGCCUCGGCCCGGAAACAGCCCCCCAGCAGCCGGCUGUCGUCGUUUUCCUCGCAAGCCGACCCCGCCUCCGCAGCUGACCUGAAUGACUCCUCCAGGGACCAACGGAGCGCCAGUUUGGACCGUUCCAGCACGGAUGUGGACUCCGCCGACGGCACUGAGGGCCCGGCACCAGCAGGGGCCUGCCCAGACUUCGCCUUCGUGGAGCAAACUGCGGUGCUGGACUCCAGCAUCCUGAAAACUCGGGUGCAGCUCAGCAAGAGGCGGCGCCAGCACCGAGCUCCCAUUUCCCACGUGCUCAGGAGGAGCAGUGGGGGAGUUACUGAACAGCAGCCCCCCACGACGGAGGAGACAGGCAGUGACUGGAUGUUCAAGGACUCCACAGAAAAGGCCACGAAACCCGAAGGUCCCGACACGGAGGGGAAGCCGCACUCGCCGUCAGAGAGGCUGCCCAGCUCCCAGCCCCAGCGGCUGCCCGUGUUCCCCGGAUUGGACCACUCAGCCCUCAAGGUUCAGCUCAGGAGAAGACAAGAGCCGGAGGGAACCGGGGAAGCCAGUCCUGGGCAGUUGUCCAAGUCCCCGAAAUCCGUGUUCCCGGCUGGGAGUCCAGGGGUGAGGGUGCUGCCCGUGGGCACGGAGAAGGAGGAGAGGCCAGAGGAGGCGUCUCCCUCUCCACAGUGGCUGAAGGAGCUGAAGUCCAAGAAGAGGCAGAGCCAGUAUGAGAACCAGGUGUGAAGAGGUCUGGAGGCGGUGGGGAGCCCGCAUGAGGGGCAGCCGAGCAAAGAACUGCAGUCCAGUCCGUAGCAGAUCAGCCGUGGUGGUUAAAUGGAGCCUCCAUGUUUGUAGGCAGUGCACCUCGCAGGGGACGAAGAAAAGAAGGUUUUCCAGAGGCCCCUGGGAGAGCAGGAGGCUGGUACAGGCGGGCCCUUUGGGUGAUCCAACAUUGCCAUUCUUGCCCUCUUCGUACACCGGCCAGCAGACCACACCAGGGGGAGAGGCCGAGGAAGACCAUGCCCCUCUCCAGAUGGCAAACAGGAAAUCAGUUGGCUGGAGAUCCUCGGAGCUGGAUCUUGAACGCAGCUCUCCCGACUGCUGGGCUUCUCUGGUGGGGAAGCAGGGGCUGCACUCCAGAAGAGGCGUCUGCUUUGUUUCACCCCCACCCUCUCUGCUUAUCCCAUCUUGACAGCUGGGAGACCUUCCUUGGGCAGAGUGGGAGACAUUGAUUUGGUAAUGGAAGCCUUAAGUCUCCCCCGGCCCCUCGGUCUGCCCCUUCCUACCUCCACUGCUCUGCGCAGGGUCUCUCCCCCUCUCCGGGGCAGGAAGCCUCUCUGUCGACAGCCAGGCCUGGAAGAAGAGCCAAAGCCAGAGCGGAGCCCUUCUCGUUCCCCCAGAGACGGUGGGGUUGGGCCUCUGCAGGUGCUGCUGGGUGCCUGCAGGAGGCGCUGUUGCACUGCGAAGCCCGGAGCCUGGCGCGUCCAGGGGUGCCCUUGAGAGGGCUGGGGUCAGGUGCGGGUGGGGGGUCCUUGGGGUCGCUCUGUGCAGGAGGGAAGGAAACCUCCUUACGUCGACUGCCACACGAAAAAGGAAAUUUUAUUGUUGACUGUUUUUAAGUAUAUUUUAGAUUUCGUCAGGAUAAUGUGAUUGGAGGAUCCGCUGCCCAGACCAGGACAGCGUGCUUUUUUGAGGAGGGGGUGGGGGGUAGGGGUGGGCAGCUGAAGCUCUAAGGAGAUUUUGUUCUCCUUUCUGUGCAAUGGCAGGGUGGGGGUCAGCCCUGGGAGGGAGAAUUGCUUUCUGAUGAGUUCCCCAUGCCUGGGAGGGCAAAGCAAUAAUGUCAGGGAGUCCCACAUUUACACAUAGCUGUAAAUCAUUGUUCUUUUCUGAUUGGUCAGCGAAAAGAGGAAAGGGGUGGGAUAUGCUGGAGCUGCCAUCAGGCAGAGGAACUUGUGGAUCGUCUUACUGGGAUCUUUUUAUUCUGUACAUAACAAGAGGUUUGUUUGUUUGUUUGUCGAAUUCUUAUUUCUGUUUCAAAAAUUCAAGAGCAGAAGCCUAUUGUUUUUUUUGCCCAGGCUCUAAGCCUGUGGAGGAUGCCCGGGGAAACUGCUCUCUGCAGCCCCUGGAACCAGUUUCUGCUCUCUGCGUGGUGAUGCUCUCUGGGAGAAAUCCAGGUGUACUUGUUCGUAAGGAUGUGCCCCAAAGUGGCACAGGUGAACUGCGGCUGCAGGAAGGUCUACCUGUCCUUUUUCUGUGGCUGAGUCUCUGCCCCCCACCUUUUGGGGAGCAUCUUCAUUGGAACAAGUAACCAAGGAGGAAUUGGAGGGGUUCUCACCCUCCCUGCGCAAGAGAACCAAGCCCAACUUUAUUUCCUUUCUUCAUAUUGGACCCCCCCCCCUUUUCUGGAAUGAAGGGCUGGGCUCAGAUUGUUGUAUUGUUUAUCCUCCUUCCUGCCCUCCCCCCCAUAAGUGCUCUUCUUGGAAAUUUUCUAUUUUCAUAUAUCAGAGCUUAUCUGUUAGCUGCUCUGCUUCCAUUGCACAUCUGUCCUUCCCCCCACCCCAUCUCUUCCCAGAGGCAGGGGGAGCCGCCGGCCCCGCCCUCAGCCCGGUCUGCCCCGCCAAGCCCUGCCAGAAACCCUGGCACGGUGGGGAGGGCAGAAUUUGUAUGCGGCAAAAUGUAGGAAUUGAACUUGGUUGUCCGGCCUGGUGCUGGAGGGCAGCUGGUCGGCCUCCUCCGCCGACGGGAAGCUUGUGCCAAUCCGUGUUGAGGAGACGCUUCUUUCUCGCUCAGCUGGGAGUCCAGGCGCUCCUGCUCCCACCCCCCCUCCCUCCCACCCCUCGUCUGGAGGAAGCUGCUGCUUCGGUCCCAUGCGAGCUCUGCAUGUGCCUCAGAGCCCCAUGGAGCUCCGGAUGGGGCGCAGUGACUGCAGCCCGUCCUGUCCCGCUCACCGGCUCCCUCCGCCGUACCAGAACUUCCCCAAAGAUGCUGCUGGCAUUGUGUCUUCCCCCAGCAAAAGUCAUAUAUAUUUGAUCUUGGAACCAAGAGUGUAUUGAGAAGCUUCGUGCUUUGUCUUUUCCAUGUGUGGCCCUGACGGGUGCCCCUGGGGGGAUAUGUGAUGCUGGGCCCUCUCUGCUGCAAAGCAGCCCCCCCCCCCCUGCACGGGUGUGGUGGGAGCUGCUCUUCUGGAAUGAAAGAGAUGCUGUCAGCCACCCCCUUUCCUUCCUUCAUAAUGCCUCCUGCCGCCAGCUUGCAUAGUAGGGCCUGUUUGGUGUUCUUUUGCCCCAGGGGUAUCCAUAUGUACGUACGUAUGUACGUGUGUGUGUGUGUGUGUGAUGUGUAUCAGUGGGCUAUAUCCUGAUGUGUACACUAAGAUGUUCCUGAAGGAGUUGGCCCUCUUGCAUUUCAUUCACCCGUGUGUAUGUUUUUUAAGUGUCUGCUUUGUUAUAUUUUGCUUUUGUCUCCUGUGUGAUUUUUCUUUUGCCCGUAAAGUGCAUGCUAGCAAUUUUCCUAUGACAUUACUGAGCACAUGGGUACACACACACACAGCCCCCCACCCCCACCCCCACCCCUGGCAAAGUCCCUCCCAACCCCCACAAGAGCCCAGUCUGGGAGGCUGGGCAGGCCGGCAGCAUCUCUUCGCCAUCUCGCUUGCUGGGUGAGGGGGGCUGAGCUGCAUCUUCCCUGGAGAGCCGGAGGGCUGGAGGCGGGAUUUGGGCAGGCCCCUCCGCGUCUGUAGCGUGUCCCCCCCUUCUCUCUUUUGUGCUUGGACAGGGCACUGAGAUCUUAUAGUUUUACUACGAAGAAAUGUUUGAACUUUAACUAUGAUUAAAAAGAAUCCCUUCUGGAAGA